AUCACCACCCGAACACGUGUGUUUUGUCUUUUCCACCGUACAUAGUUAAUGUGGAUACAGUGACAAUGGAUGGAUAUUAAUUGUACUGUAUCAGUAAGUAGAAAGGCACAAUAUAAAAGAUGGAGUUACAUAAAGCAAAUGAAAAGGUUUGUUUUAUGACCAGAUUGUAGUGUUGAAACAAAUGGCCAUAUUUAGCAUGAAGCUACAAUUUACAAUGAAUCUGGGCUGAGCAAAUUUGCCUGCCGCGUGUUAGCACAUGUUAGCGAUAUGCAAAGAGUUGCAAUGCUUUUUACCUGUCAGUGCAUGGACUCACCUUGAAGACGCCAGCAGUCAGUCGCAGUCUGAGCGGAGGAAGCUAACGUUGACACAGCUCUGGACCUCGGGUCAAGAAGAGAUGUCGGCCAACUCCUCCUCCAACUCGUCCUUCAGUUUCUUUCUCAAAACGUGCUUUGAUUCCAGAACCACCAACUUCAUUUAUUUGUCUUUUUCCAUGGCCAACAUCGCCCUCCUCCUCCCCCUCUUCGUUUACACCCUCGUGCUGGGCCUCCGGCAGAGACGACGUCCGUCCAGUUCAGACUUCUUCACCUACAACGUGCUUGUUCUGGAGCUGCUGGCCAUGUUGGGCUCCUGCCUUUACUGCUUCGGUGCCUACGCUCCGGACCCGGUGCUGGCGCUGGUGGGGUCGUCCAUCUGCUCCAUCACCUCCCCCGCACAGACCCUGUUCCACGUCCUGACCAGCGUGGAGCGCUACCUGGCCGUGGUCCGGCCCGUCACCUACCUGGGCCUGAGACGGGCCGGGGCCCUGAGGGUCCGGAACGCCAGCGCCGGCUGCGUGUGGCUGCUGUGUUGUGCACUAAUGGCCUGCUCCAUGUACUGGAGCUACGCAUUUGCUGCGGUGGCGCUUCUGCUCCUGGUUUCCUCCCUGGCGGUCGUCGCUCUGUCGGGGUUUUCCAUCCUGUGCGUCCUGAAUGACGGGGGUCCGGGGCAGGUUGGCGGCGCGCGGCGGCGGGCGUGUCACGCUGUCAUGGCCGUCAUGGCGGCUCUGACGCUGAGGUUGGCCGGGGUCCUGGUCUGCACUGUGGCGUUCUCGUCUCCACAGCUGACGCACGCCGUGUGCGCCCUGGGCGGCGCCGCCGUGUGGCUCACGCUGCCCUGCAGCCUGGUGCUGCCGCUGCUGCUCCUGCAGAGAGCUGGAAAACUGCCCGGCUGCAGACGCAGCACCAGCUCAGGCUGAGGCAUC